UUGGCCGUCCUCCCGACCCGUAGCCGCGCCGAGUGCGCGCGAGCGACUCGCGCAUAAAAGGCCGGCUCGGGGCGUCUCGCCGCCAGAGUCGCUUCCUGCUUUGGUCGGAGCUGUUGGCGGAGCCGCGAAGAUGGCGUCGACCAGCCGUUUGGAUGCUCUCCCAAGAGUCACAUGUCCAAAUCAUCCAGACGCAAUUUUAGUCGAGGACUACAGAGCCGGUGAUAUGAUCUGUCCUGAAUGUGGCCUAGUUGUAGGGGACCGGGUUAUCGAUGUGGGAUCUGAAUGGAGAACUUUCAGCAAUGAUAAAGCAACAAAAGACCCAUCUCGAGUUGGAGAUUCUCAGAAUCCUCUUCUGAGUGAUGGAGAUUUGUCUACUAUGAUUGGCAAGGGUACAGGAGCUGCAAGUUUUGAUGAGUUUGGCAAUUCUAAGUAUCAAAAUCGGAGAACAAUGAGUAGUUCUGAUAGAGCAAUGAUGAAUGCCUUCAAGGAAAUCACGACCAUGGCAGACAGAAUCAACCUCCCUCGAAAUAUAGUUGAUCGAACAAAUAAUUUAUUCAAACAAGUGUAUGAGCAGAAGAGCCUGAAGGGAAGAGCUAAUGAUGCGAUAGCUUCUGCUUGUCUGUAUAUUGCCUGUAGACAAGAAGGCGUUCCGAGGACAUUUAAAGAAAUAUGUGCUGUAUCUCGAAUUUCUAAGAAAGAAAUUGGCCGCUGUUUCAAAUUGAUUUUGAAAGCUUUGGAAACCAGUGUGGAUCUGAUCACAACUGGGGAUUUCAUGUCCAGGUUCUGCUCCAACCUUUGCCUCCCCAAGCAAGUGCAGAUGGCAGCUACGCACAUAGCCCGCAAGGCUGUGGAGCUCGACUUGGUUCCUGGCAGGAGCCCCAUCUCUGUGGCGGCGGCAGCUAUCUACAUGGCUUCCCAGGCAUCCGCUGAGAAGCGGACACAGAAAGAAAUUGGAGAUAUUGCUGGUGUUGCUGAUGUUACAAUCAGACAGUCCUACAGACUGAUCUACCCUCGGGCUCCAGAUCUCUUCCCUUCAGACUUCAAGUUUGACACGCCAGUGGACAAAUUACCCCAGCUCUAAGCUGAGGCAACCAAGUUGCAGUCUCAUGUACAUGGAACUUUAUACAUAGCCUACAUUGUGCUGGUUGAGCCUUUAAUAAGAUGGUACGCAUUCCAGACUAAAUAUUAUUACUUAGCAUUCUGUAUGUAUAUAUUAGUGCAACAUAUUUAAUGAUUUAAAUUUCUUACUGAAUCUGCUUUCUUUUUUAGUGAUUAGGAAACAGUAUUUUGGAAGAUAUUAAAAUAUGUAAUUCUCAAAUAAAACAUUUUUCAAAGCUAA